AUGUUUCCUCGUUUAGCCAGGGCCUUACAUCCUACAAUUCAUUUCGGUGUUAGAUUCCAGGCGUGCUUACCAUUUAAACCAAACCAUCUGGUUGGAAAUUCAUUCGUUAAUGAAAAAUAUGAUGCACGUCUUCGAGUCCUGAUAUACAGUAUAGCUGUAAAACUAAACAUCUCGCCAGACAAUGUAGCUGACCUCGAAGAUGAGCUUGUAGACCAACUACAUGUUAACCGGAAAAGUAAAGAAGACAGCGAAGAAAAUGAAAAAAGAAAAGAAGAUGAGUCCUCACGAAAAUUUCGGCGCGGUAUGUGGAUCGCUCUUGGCGCUAUUGGAGGCGGUGCACUKAUUGGACUAACCGGUGGACUCGCGGCUCCUCUGAUCGCAGCAGGGGUGGGUUCUGUCGUUGGGGGAAGUGCAGCGGUUGCCAUAGCAUCCAUCAAGGGUGUGGCCAUUCUGACGUCAUUGUUCGGUGCAGCAGGAGCUGGAUUAACAGGCCAGAAGCUAAGCCGAAGACUAGGAGACAUCGAGCAGUUUGAAUUUGAGAGGCUGAGCAAAGGRAAUCAUCUUCACGUAGUUAUUGCAAUAUCAGGUUGGGUGAGACAAGAURAGGAUUCCUUUGAGGGUGCGCCAAUUGGAUUCAUAGAACCAUGGAAGAACAUGAAGUUGGGAAGAGAGCAGUACAGCUUGAAGUGGGAAUCAAAGUAUCUUCUCGAGUUGGGUACCGCCAUUUCAAGCUUCAUCACAGCAACUGCUAUAUCAAUGGCUGCAGAGGAAGCUAUAAAACAUACAAUCAUUCAAGGUAUUUUAAGUGCGAUAUCUUGGCCAUUAACCAUUCUCAAGUUUGGCUACAUUAUCGACAACCCCUGGAGUGUUUGUACGUCGAGAUCAGCCGAAGUAGGCAAACAUCUCGCUCAUGUACUAAUGGACAGACAAUAUGGUCAUCGGCCAGUUACACUUGUGGGAUUCAGCUUUGGAGCCCGGGUUAUUUUUCAAUGCUUGAAGACAAUGAGUUCCAUGAAAGGAAGCGAAGGAAUAAUCCAAGACGCAAUCAUGAUCGGUGGACCUGUGUCUGGUGAGCCAGAUGACUGGAAAUGCCUGGAAAAAGUCGUCAGUGGAAGAGUAGUGAAUGGCUACUGCAAGAAGGAUUGGCUGUUAAGGUUUGUUUACCGUACAGCAUCUGUACAAGUUAAAGUAGCUGGUCUGAGGCCUGUGAUGUGGAAAAACAGAAGAAUGUUUAACGUUAAUGUAACCAACUUGAUUAACAGACACGGUGACUAUUCUAACCCCGAAAUAAUGGAAGAAAUACUCGACGCUGUUUCGAUGGGAGGAGUCUGUCCUCUUGAUGUUGGACCCAACGACACCGAAGAACUUUCUUCCUUAUUAGACGAAAGCAAUGCAGAUUCUGGGAUUGCAUCGUCACUUGAGAAUGUCGCUGAACCACAUGGGGAACCAGCUGAACCCAGUGCUUGCUCGGAAGAAGUUCGUUUGGCUAUGGAAGAGCUGCAUAAGAGGGUUGAGCGGGCUUUGUCGGUGGAACGUGAGUCAGAAAGCAAAGAAAAGGAAUCGAAAACCCAGUCAGCAAACGAUUCUGAAAAUUUGCCAGAGAAUCUAACGCUUUCUGAAAGACUGGAGCAGAAGGACAUGACCUUACCAUCAAAUGACAAAGACCUGCAUGAUGAUUCGAAAAAAGAGGUCAAAAAACAUUCGGAAGAAACGCCAUGCGAGGCUUCUCGAACACAAGAGAAGUCAACGCUUUCUGAAACGUUAGAGCAGAAGGACGUGACCCUACCAUCAAAUGACAUAGACUUGCCUGAUGAUUCGGAAAAAGAGGUGGAAAAAGAUUCGGAAGAAACUCCAUGCGAGGCUUCUCGAUCACAAAAGGAGUCAACGCUUUCUGGAAGGCUAGAGCGGGAGGAUACGACCUUGCCAUCGAAGUACGAAGCCUCGGCUGAUUCAAAUAAAGUGGUCGAAAGAAAUCCCACAGGAAGUGCAAUCAGCAACCGUACUCUACGAGAUGAUGAAAUUAUUUCUGACUCAGAGAAACUACAGCAGCAUCCCAUUGCAUCGACAUUACAAAACUUGUCAACAAGUAUGGUGGCAGAUUCAAAUCAGGUGGAUGAAAAARAUUCCUAGACAAUGUCGUUUGGAGGUUCUCAGUCUACUAAACAAUAAACCUCUUUUUGAUACAGUGGAGUCGUAGUCCACUGCUUAAGCCCAAAAGUACAAAAAUAUGCAUGAGUUAGUACGGAGAACACAAAAUACGUACGGCGAUUAAUAUUAAGCAGUUGCAUACAUUUUUUUAUAUAUUAAAGUGUCUUGAUAAUUUAACGCUUAUGAUAAUGGGGAUGAUGCAUGRUGAUGAUAAUGAUAAUAAUAAUGAGGAGGAUGAUGGUGAUGAUGAUGAUACUGUGGUAAUAUGAAGUCGUUGAUUUUAGUAAUUGUGAUGAUGAUGAUGGUAAUAACAAUAAUGAUAAUAAUUUUGAGGAGAAAGAGGACAAGGAUGGUGAAGAUGAUAAUGCUGAUGCCGUGCUAAUAUGAAGUUCUUGAUUUUAGUAAGGGCGAAGUCAAUGAUAAUAAUAAUAAUAAUGAUAAUAAUAAUAAUAAUAAUGGUGACGAAGAUAAAUAUAAUGUUAAUGAUAAUACUAAUAAUGGUAGUGAUGAUGGUGGCGAUGAUAAUGAUAACGGGGAGAUGUGAUGGGAUGCCAAAACCUAGCACUAAAGAACCUUCAACAAAAACUGUUUAUCCUCUCUUUACUAUCAUCUUCUUUAAUUUUAAAAAUCAUCAGAUCAUUAACAGUAAAUYGUAAAUAACGACUAAAUAAUUUUAAAAACAAGAAUAACACAAUAAAAACCACAAACGUUUCCAACGAGACAUCACAUUGUGUCGUACAGUUGUAUCAUUUUCGACGGAAAAUAAUCUAAAACGCGUAUUUUCAGG